GGCCACGCACCCUCCUGUCUGCUUGUUGUCCAUGAUAUAAGCGCUAAUUCCACUGAUUCCAAUGGACACGGCCGUCAACGGCCGCCUUGUGAAUGGCACCUCCCAUGCAACCCUCCUAAAUGGCAAGACUGAAGCUCAUGAACUUCCGCUCGAAGUACUCGAGAGUGAACUCCCGUUGGUUCAUGAUGGCCAAAUACCGCUUGGAGAGCUUGUGUCUAGGCUUGCUCAGUCGAUGUACGCGGAACUCGUUGAGAUGGCGGAAACUAUGCCCCAUAUGUCCGACACGGCUCGCAAACGACAACUUGCGGACUGGGUCGUGAAGAUGAAGCGCCAGGUUGUGAAGGUCUAUGCUAUCGCCAAGUGGUCUCGCGACGCUGGAGUGGUCCAGAAGGCCAUGAACAUCACGGCAUUUCUCAUGGACCAGAAUCGGCAGUUUGAAGACGCUAUCCUGGGCCUCAAGUAUGGCCGAGACGCGCUAGACCCAGCUAGACUACGAAAUCAUGACCUCCUCACCUCCCUGGACGUUUUAACGACUAGCACAUAUCGCCGAUUGCCAUCAUGUAUCAAGGAACUCAUUGUUCCUCCAACUCCUCUGACGGACGACGAAGUCGCGAGAACAUUUGCUGACAUCGAGGACGCUAUGCGCUACCGCCUCCGAAUGUCGGAAAUCGUGCCAUGGGAAAUGUCUGAGUAUCGAAUAGGUGCCGGACGGGUAUUCUUCACUGCUCCUAAACUCUUCGAGUUAUCCUUGUGCCUACGGGGCGCCCGGAGCAACGAUGGUUGGUUCUUUGUGAAUGUUACCUUUCUGUUUACCGUCGGCGGCGACCAGACAGGGAUGCAAGAGUUCCCGCGGACGCCUUCGGGCAUACUGAAACGUAACAUCACAGAGGAGGCGGAUGCGCGUCUCGCAUUCUAUCUACCUCCGGACGAACCUCCACCGCCGGGCGUUGAGCCAGCACCACGUCCGCAGCUACCUCAAGGUGUGGUUGACGCGCCUUUGGUCCGCGUGUUCAACUUCUUGCAGAUGAUGUCGUUAUCGUACCAGCUCGAGAUCCUCUGGUAUCAGGCCGAGCGCAUGCGCUCAUUAGGCUGGGCCGAGUUCAUGUCCGUCGAGAUGACCAAUAACCGCCAGACCAUGGCUGUGAAGUACUGGGUACGGAAACCCCCACCCCCCAAUCAGAAGCGACCGCCACAGCAGAGACCCUUGCCGGCGUUAGGCGGAAAAUUGACCAUCUCCAUCGUCCAAGUGAAAGAGAAGACGGGCCACAAAGCGUCUCGAUCGCCGCGCGCGCGCGUGCUUGCUGAGCUGCAGUCGCGCUCGAAGCUCGACGAGUCUCGACCGUCGGACGAGGUUGAGCACAUGCGCUUUGACGUGCGCUGGGAGCCGGAGAACGGUGCGCUCGGCGUUACCCCUGCCCUAGAAGACCUGUUCAUGCCGCUUGAGCAGCUUCGAAUCGAUCCGGAGAAUCUCGAUAUGGAGAGCCUGCUUCUGAAGGUCAUACGACGUCAUACCGAAAGCGUCAUGAAGUUCUUCCAAACGCAGCUGCAGCGUGGCGCGGUGACGCGCAACAUCUUCUCGCCGCAAGGGGAGGUCGUCUUUGUCUCGAACGAAGGCGCGCCUUCCUUGCGGAUACACUUAUGCGCUGACGAGGUCGUCAUUGUCACUGUCGACCCACGGACGGGACGGCUUACCCUGCGUGACACCGGUGAUCUUGCGGCUGCUGGUCGUGGGCCCCGCUUCGCCGCCAUCACGCAGCGACUGAAUGACGCGCCAUUCAUGCUUCCGCAGGCUCUUGUCUUAUUGCGGAAUGCUACCAUCACCGACCUUGCGGAGCAGAAGGUGCAAUAUCUCGGCUUACAAAGUUUCCGGACUCGCAACUUCUCCGCCGACGAGAUCAAGAAGCUCGGUCAGGACGCUCAAGGCCAGAUCUACAUCCAGCUGGGCAACUUCCCGACGCACUACCUCGUCCUCGUCAUCACCGAUCAGGACUUCCGGUAUGCGCUCAUAAGCGCGAAGGAGGUCGAGCACUCAAUGAACCACGAUCUCGUCAUGGAGGACAUCGGCUGGCUCAACGUCCGUCGAAUACAUGGCGACCAGGUCACAAUAGAAGGAGGCAUGGGGCCCGAUCACAUAACUGGUCAGAAGCGGAAACGAGAGGACGGCUCGGGACGGGUGGGGCCGAGUGGGGAGCAGUAUCCCACCAGCUUCCGUCUGGAGACGAAUGUCCUUCGGGAGCUGUAUGCAUACUGCUGUGCACGAGUUGCCUACACCAAGGUGGAACAGCAGUUCAAGCUACGCGGCAUUCCCUACACCCAUGUCAGCUCGACGCUCAAUCCGUCGUCCUUCUCCGAGUUCGGUAAUGUCCAGUCCUCCCUGGCGCGGACGAUCCCAGCGCUCUGUGUGCAGUCCUCAGAUAUUCUGUCCGGUGCACCCGCCGCGGAAGCCGCCAUGCCAAAUAUCCGCGUCAUCCCUCUCAACUGGUGGUCGACCGAUAUAGCGAAGGUCGUUACCUGUGUCAAGCUGAAGUAUGUACAGCAGCCUAUAGGCAAGCGCGCCAGCGGCAGCACCGUCAUACGACCAUCAAAACGCAUCAUCUACGAUACGCGGGAAGCGAUCGUUUCCUUCUUGUCUGACAACGUCGACAAGUGUGUAGACGAGUUCCUGGAGGAGUGGGCGCGUGUGUCAAAGAUGGUCGUCAUCGCGCGUGAAGUGGCUCAAAUGUCUACGAAGUACUUGUGGACAGAUGUCCGACUCAUCUCCUUCGACCUUCAGACCGUCGAGUUCGCAUACGCCGACAACUACUCAGUCUCCCUCACCUGCACGGACCAGCUCGCCACAAAUCGCAGCUCAUACCACCUCCGCUUCUCCCGGGUGCCGUCCGACGACUUCAUGCAGGUCGAUGACGAACUUGACGCGCUCCACAACCCCCACGAAGAUGCGGAGGUGUACCUCUGCAACCUCCUCGGGCACGGAAAGCUCUCCACCGCCCUCCAUCGACUCGUCGCCCUCCUCCGCGAGACGCUGCCCGUCGUAGCCGAGCUGGAGGACAUCCGCGUCAAGGCAGCGCAGCAAGGCCAUCUGAUCGACACAUUCCCAAAGUCCGCGGGUUGGUUCCGCAUCCUGUAUGGCGAUCUUCGCCACGCGCUCGAUUUCAGGUUAAUGACUGGCGCACGCAUUGUGAUUCUCGACGGAUCGCAUACGCUCUUCGACGAGCCUGCGGACUCGCGCGGCCCCCGGAAGUCUGGCGCGCCUUCGAAAUCGACCUCGCUGGCAAACACGGGAGCUUUGCAGCCCAUACCGGACUUCCGUGCACUGGUCUCGGAGGCGAUCAAGGAAGCUGUUGCCCAGGGUGUCAAGGGCCAGUUUGCUCCGAUCGACAUUGGGGUGAUAUGCGACAUUACGGCCGUGCGCGUUGUGGGGAGGCGGCUAUAUGAGAAGGUGUUCACAAAACUGGCACAGACCCCGCGAUAGGAUGUUCACCGCAUACUCGUACAUAUCAUUAUUAGAAGUUGUUUUUCUUCUCUUGCACACAUGUUUUUCAGACCGAAACGUCGCUUUG